ACUCUAUUUAUAUCAACAAUAUAAUAGACACAAUGCAGGUAUUCAAAUACAAUCCCUGGUGACGUUAAAUUUUGGAGAUUUUAAUGAGGUUUUUAAACAAAUUUAAAAAGGCUGUGCUACUUAUGAAACGGAGAAAUUAGGCAGCUCGGAUAUCUCUUUGAAAAUGUGAAAACUUGUUAUUUGAUAUAUUUUUAAUGUACAUAUACUCCUAUAGUCAUAAGAAAUGCUAAAACCUCUUUCGUAUGCCUAAAUAACAGCAAAGUGAAAAUGCCGGCGUAAAUUGAAUGAUUCUUACUUGUAUUAGAGUAUCAGUGUAAAGUGAUACAUUACAAAAUGGAAGACAGCGAUUUAAUAAACGAGGAAACUAUGCAAACUGGUGGUUCCCAGCCGAACAGUAGGGCUUCAAGUAGGAAACCAGAAUUUGUAUUCGAGCAAUCACCAUCCGCGUUGUCUUCGGAGGAGACGGAAACUGUUGAACCGUUGCGGCCUGAGAGUACAGUAGAAUAUCUGAUGACAGCCCAAGAAAUCAAGGAACUUGAUGAAAGGCUAGAAGUGGUGAUUGGCAGAUUACAGAAGCAGAGAGAAGAUUACGAGACAUGGGAAAACAGUUUAAAUAGACGGAGACUAGAAGCAUAUGGUAGAUUGAAGGCUCUUGGAAAAUUUCAUAGACAGCGUAUGGAAGUGUAUGAUACAGUGAAAGAUUAUUUACAAACUAUGAACCCCGGAAGUAAAAGCCGAACAUCGAAGAAAUGAUAUAAUUUACUGACAUUGUUGCAGCACUUUGACGUAUGGAGUGCUAAAAUAAUUUGUUGAUUCCUGAUGACUCAGUGAGAAAAACUUAACUUCUGAUGUUGAUCAGCGAAAAGUAAUUGUCUUACUCUCCAUGCUUCAUUAAAAUUUUGUAAUGUUCAUAGAUAUACUGUCCGCAGUCUAAAAUUGUUUUCAUUCUUUUUAUUCUGUGGUUGUUGUGUUUCCCCAAAUUGAUAUAGUAUACAUUUUGUUGAGUUUAUUUUUCGUUUUUUAUCUGUCUAUUUGUAAAUGUACUUACAAUCAAAAUUUGAAUAAAUGUGACCAUUUCUUGAUCAUAAUAAAUACAGUGUAUGAUAAGAAGUACUUAUAUAUUUUUAACUUAAAAUAUGCUAUAUCUAUAAUGCAUACUAUGGCAGAAAGGAGUCAAAUGUGUUUCAAGAUAUGACUGAUGGUCACGGUAUUCUGUUUGUGUUAUCAUUUUGUGUUUGUGGCUUUGAUUUCAGAAUAUUGUCCUCGAGUAAACUGAUUUGUUGGCUUUGUAAAUUUA